AUGAAGCUUGUCAGCUCGGAUGAUCAGUCGCCCUGGAGGCGACAGCGUCGCGCCCAUCGCAAGUCUCGCCAGGGCUGUCGGAAUUGCAAACUAUGGCGAGUCAAGUGUGAUGAAACGAAGCCCGAAUGCGUCAAGUGUCGCUCGUACGGGGUGGUCUGCUACUACGACGUCGUUCCUUCGCCGGACCUGCAGCUCACCCAGGAGCUCAAAAUGCCGCCCCUGGUGGCGACGGAUGGUAUCUCGACCUGCGAAUUAGACAAGCAAUGCCUGGCUAGACUUGAGCGGUUUCGAGGCCGCUCGAUCACAACCGUCAUCAACGUGCCUCCGCAGCCAUUACUCCAACCGGCCAUGGGCCCAUACCUCAUGCAUGCCACUCUCGCGUUUACAGAAAUCCAUGACAGAUACUUGAAUCGCCAGCGGCCGACUGCCCCGGGCACCCGGGAGCUGUACCAUGCCACCGCCACAUUCCUCGGCAUUCUCGCCGUCAAGUCGGUCCCCGCGACGACCACCGAGGACUGUUGGCCGCUGAAGCAGGUCGAGCCGAGCUGGCUUUGUCUGAAUCUGACCAAAACGGCACUCUGGAAGCUUACAAACCCCCUGCGACCUGAGAGUCUUUUCCAUGAUAUGUCAGAGCAGUACAGGCUCAUGUACGCACCUCGCCCAAAUGAAUCGGACGUACGCGGCUGUCUCCGCGAUCCUCGCCCGCUAUCCAUCCUAUCGGGUGAUGAAGCGUUGUUGGGUCUCUACCGUCUCUGCGGCCUGCAGUCUUCCCUCAAUUCCUCACUGGCCCCACUGGUUGAUAUGAAUCCCUAUCGUGAAGCCUUUAAAUUCCUCCACCGGCUUUCUGUCGAAUGCGUGGACAUAUGCCUGGCUCAGUCUCAUGCGCUAGUCUUUAUAUCACGCAUGCAGCCCUGCUUUGUCCAGUGGCUGCGAGCCAGAGAUCCCGUGGCCUUGUUACUGCUGGCCCUGUGGUACGAGCGUGCAGGUCGGUUCAUUUGGUGGAUUCGUUAUCGUGCUCUCGUGGAGGACCCCGCCAUUUGUUCUAUUUGCGGCGUACUGCCGGGCACAACGCGACGAUGCGGCGGAUUCUUGAGAAGGAGUGGGACUGGCUGCCUCCGUCGCAGAACUAACACCCUACUGCCCGGAUUUUGA